AUGAGUGAAGAAGAUAAGACAGUGAAAUCCGAAAAUUCCAACGACGCAAAUGCAGGCGUAUCACAUGGAAUUGCGAGGCCUAUACCAACAUUUUGGUAUGAAAAACCUCAAUUAUGGUUCGCGAUGAUCGAGGCACAUUUUAAUCGAUCACGAAUAAAAACAGAAGAUGUCAAAUAUGAAUUUAUAUUAUCAUAUUUAGAUGACAAAUUAGCCAGUGAAUCACAAGACCAAAAGAUUCGAAGGUUGCUAGAGCAAGAGGAACUGGGUGAUCGAAAACCGUCGCAAUUUUUACGACACCUAACAUCAUUGGCCGGUCCACUACUAGAUGAGAACAUUUUAAGAACCUUGUGGCUACAAAGAUUACCUACGCAUACACAACAAAUAUUAAAGGCCCAUCCGACCAUGAAAAUUGAAGACCUAGCCACCAUAGCAGAUAGCAUCGGUGAGGUUAACAUCGCGCCAACAGUAGCCGCCACAAGCCUUACCGACAGUACAACGUCUGAAUUAUUAAAACGAGUAGAAGACCUAACAAAAAUGGUAGCUGAAUUGCAAAAUAGACGUCCUAGAUAUCGGCAUAAUUCUCGUUCUAGGAAAAUCUCGCGCACAAGAAGUUUUUCACGCCAAAGAAAUGGUAGCAGGCAAAGAUUUGAUACGUGCUGGUACCACUACAAAUUUGGAGACAAAGCUAAGAAAUGCACGCAACCAUGCAAAAUGUCGGGAAACGAAGAAGACAGGCACUAG